AUGCCGCCGACCUUCCACGGCUAUCUGCAGCACGGCCUCGCCGAAGUAAGUGGAGCUGCCUCGAUUCUGUUGCUGGAUUUCGGCCCAUCCGACAAGAAAGCCAGGCCAAACCCAGAUGAAGAAGAAUAUGAGGAGCCAGCAAAGGCCACCCCGCCACCCAUGCAAGUCACCAAGGCGACUCUGAUGAAAAGGUUGGCUCGCAUAUGCACCCCGAAAGCUGACGGAACCUACAAAGUGCCGAUGGAGAUCAUCAACACCCACAAGAAUCUUGAGACACGGGAUGAAGUGUAUCGGGCAUUCGAGAAAUGUGGAUGUGACCCCGCACAGCUGCGAGUGAAUCGGAAGUACGAAGAGAUCAAUGAGAAGUCGGUGGAAACCGAAUACGAGUUCUUGGCUGAACAGGAGAUGGAGGAUAAAGGCUGGUCUGAGAAAAAGAUCAAAGGGGCCAAGAAAAGCUGUGAGCGACGUCCUGGCUACAAGAGGAAGUCCGAGUACUGUGACGAAUGGAUGUACUGGGUGGCCGUGAAGGUAAAGGGGUCGAACAAGAAGACCAAACGCAACACCGUCGCCGAGAUCCUGGAAGGCGGCGACAACGAGCCGAUGGAGGACCCAGACGAAGCCAUGCAGGAUUUCCCCUUUGCCUUGGAGGGAGAUGGGGAGGCCGCCAAGGAGGAAGGUGAUGGGGAGAAAAGCUCCGAUGACAGCAGCGACGACGGAGAAGAGGCCGCCCGGGUGCUCAAAAAAAUCAGCUUCCCGGAGCUGACGAAGAAACCUCAGGACUGUUGCUCCCUAGUGUCUGCCUGCCUUCAAAAACGGGUUAUGCGAAUCGAGCCGAUCGUGCUAAAGUUGGGGGAGAUCAAAGAUGCCAACAAGGCCCACCAAAAGUAUAAAGCCAGCCUCGAGAGCAUGAUCACCAGGGUGAACGAGUUGGACGAUAAGAUGAUGGCCCUCUACAGCCAGGGUGUGGCUGCUGGGUUCACAAAAGUGGACCAGAAGAGCCUCCGCACGUUUUUCCAGGAAGCGAAGAGGGUGCAACUCGGUUCUUCAGAGGAUGAGCCGGGCCACGACGGCCGGGUGCAGCUGUAUGCAGAGAUGUGUCUCAAGGAGAUGGCGAACCCUGGUCUGCCGGAGAGCGAAAAACGAGAAGUGAGCAAUGCUGAACGGGAUUGCCAUGCUAAGUUCAACAGAAUGGGUCUAUCUUUGCCAGUACCGAUACAGACCCACGACCACUGUGUAGAGAAUGAAGAAAUCAUUUCUACAUCAUAUGUGCUGGUGUCCAGCUGGCUACGAUACCUCGUUCGGCAAAUGCCUUGCUUGCUGGCUGGUGGGCGGAACACACUAGAGGUUCAACUCGAAGCUUUCUGGAAGAUGUAUCAGAACCACCACCCCGAGCACGCCAUCUUCAGUGCAGAGCAUAUCACUCCUGCUACUGCUAUUCCCCUGUGCCUGUUUUCAGAUGAAGGGAAAGGCCCCAAGAGGGGCAAUUACUUGAUGACAUGUAUGGAAUCACCAAUUGGUUUGUCAGAGAUGCCAGAAGACUUCGCUUGUUCUUGCUCUUCACACGUGUCGCACACGCCGUCUCAGUUCGUGCCUGGCUGUGAUACCGUGACCGAAAUGUGCGAUGCCGCCAAAGAGGCUGCAAAGCAAACUACGAAUCUUCAAGGGGCUUCCUUCUUGACAAGGCAUUAUCUGUUUGGGCUGCCAGAUUGGGUAUACAAGCAUCAUGAUUCGGUGCUACAGAAAAUGAUGGAGCUCGUGGCCGAAGAUAUGUCCAAGCUGUUUACACAGGGAGCAAUGAUCGCCGGCAAAAGGUACUUUGCAAUCCUGACUGGCCUGAAAGGCGAUUUCAAGCACAUGGCCGAGAAAUAUGGCGAGCUGACGCGUUCUUAUUCCCAUCUGGGGAAAGUGAAUUAUUUGGGGAUGUGUUCCCAUUGCCUGGCCGGCACCAGGCCGGACUUGCCAUGGGACCAGGCAACCCACGAUCCAGCUUGGGCUGGCUCUGAGUUUGCUUCGAGACCCUGGGACGAGCCGCCAGUGUUUUGCUCCAUACCAUUCGACUCUGCCAAGCCAGAGGCUGCCCUCAAAUUGGAUGCCUUUCAUCUGUUUAAAGUUGGACUUGGAAGGGAUCUUGUUGGGACAAUGGUUCUGUUUGCACGCUUGGGCUUUUACGACUUUUCGCCGGGGGAAUCUACGGAACUCAAGCAGCGACUGAACCGUGCCUGGAAACAUUUUAUGCUUUGGCGGGUGACAGCGAAGCAGACGGUGGCUUGCAAGUACUUUUCCCCGGCCCUGUUCAACAUCAAGAGGCAGAGCGACUACGCUUGGGCAAAUGUCAAGGGCUCCGAUACGAUGGUUUUUAUGCGAUACAUCCGUUGGUAUGCAGGCUUGCUUGUGGCUACCAGGACUCUGCACGAUCCACAUCGACGUCUUCUUGUAUUGCUCAACAAGACCAUUAUGCAUGCACAGCAAGCUAUGCACAUAAUGUAUACCCACGGCCUCUGGUUGGCACGGAAGUGCGGUCAAAGCCUUUAUGUUCACUUGAUGAGUAUGUUAUCAGGGUAUCAAACUUUGGCGGCUCGUUGCCUCACCAUGGACCUCACAUUUUAUGGGUUAAAGCCGAAGUUUCAUGGGCUUCAUCAUUUAGCCUAUGAUUUGAAGAAGGCACUCAAGACUUCUACACCGCUGGUUUUAAAUCCGAUAUGCUGGGGCAAUGAGAUGAACGAGGAUGCCAUCGGAACGAAGCAAGAAGGGUCUGUGAGCAAAAGUGGGUUGGGCUUCUGGGGCGACUUCCAAGCCAAUCGAGCAAUGGUGCCAUUGCAGAACCAGCUUGGGCUUGCUUAA